GUCACCAGCUUUUGGACGUCUAGCUAUCAUCACCUUCGUAAACACAGAACAAAGUAACACACAAGUUAAGUUACAGCAAUAAAUCCAAAUACCCAUUUUGGAUUCUACAAUAAUUGGGUUCACAUAAACAUUUUCCAAAGAAAAACAGAGAUGGAUGCUGAAAAGAAUUCUCCGACGCCGGUAACAUCACCGCCUGUGAUACACCCCGCGGUGGCACCGCUCUCCUUCCUUCUGGGCACUUGGAGGGGCCAAGGAGAAGGAGGCUUCCCCACUAUACAUUCCUUCUCCUAUGGCGAAGAGCUUUUCUUCUCCCAUUCCCCCAACAAGCCUGUGAUAGGGUACACUCAGAAGACAUGGAAACUCAGCUCUGGAGAGCCUAUGCACGGUGAGAGUGGAUACUGGCGUCCUAAACCUGAUGGCACCAUGGAAGUUGUGAUUGCUCAAAGCAAUGGUCUUGUGGAAGUUCAGUUCCCUUCUCUGCUAUUAAGGUGUCAUUUGACAUUGUGCUUCCAGAAAGGGACAUACAGCUUUGAAGAGAAUGUGAUACAACUUCAGAGUGAAAUGGUGGGGAAUGCUUCUAAGGUUAAAGAGAUAAGAAGAAGUUUUAAGGUGGUUGAUGGGGUUCUUUGUUAUGAGGUUCAGAUGGCUACCAACACAGUAAGUCUUCAACCACACUUGAAAGCAACACUGAAGAAGCUCUGAAGCAGUCACCACCUCUUGAAGAAGAAGCAACACUUGGCAUUGUGACCUCACCAAAUCUUUUUUAACAACAAUUUAGACUACCCUGGUAAUUCUCUGUUAACUAGCAAAAUCAGCUGUUCAAAACUCUUCUAUACAAGCUUUGCAAGGCCUCAACUUUGAACAAUCUGACAUGACUUAAUUUUAUUGGAAGCAGCUAAGCAGGAAAAAUGAGCUUAUCCUAAUGUACAUCAUACUUUAUGCUUGAUUUUAAUUUCUUUCUUUGAAGCUAUUAUGAUGCUUGAAAUAAUAACUAUAUUUUAUACUCAAA